AGUGAAGAAGCGUGAUGUCUGGUAGAGGCAAAGGAGGCAAAGGCCUGGGAAAAGGCGGAGCGAAGCGGCACCGCAAAGUGCUCCGUGAUAACAUCCAGGGUAUCACAAAACCAGCCAUCCGGCGCCUGGCUCGCCGUGGCGGAGUCAAGCGCAUCUCGGGCUUGAUCUACGAGGAGACCCGCGGGGUGCUGAAGGUUUUCCUGGAGAAUGUGAUCAGGGAUGCGGUCACCUACACUGAGCACGCCAAGCGCAAGACGGUCACUGCCAUGGAUGUGGUGUACGCUCUGAAACGCCAGGGCCGCAGGGCAAAUCAUUCCCUUUUUUUGCUGUCUGUAUUGAAGAGAAUGGCCAGAACCAAGCAGACAGCGCGCAAAUCCACCGGAGGAAAAGCUCCCCGCAAGCAGCUGGCGACUAAAGCGGCCCGCAAGAGUGCUCCGGCCACGGGCGGAGUGAAGAAGCCUCAUCGCUACAGGCCCGGCACGGUGGCUCUGCGGGAGAUCCGCCGCUACCAGAAAUCCACCGAGCUACUGAUCCGCAAACUGCCCUUCCAGCGCCUGGUGCGGGAGAUCGCUCAGGACUUCAAGACCGAUCUGCGCUUCCAGAGCUCGGCUGUGAUGGCCCUGCAGGAGGCCAGCGAGGCUUACCUGGUGGGUCUGUUUGAGGACACCAACCUUGCUGUAGUAAGCGUGAUGUCUGGUAGAGGCAAAGGAGGCAAAGGCCUGGGAAAAGGCGGAGCGAAGCGGCACCGCAAAGUGCUCCGUGAUAAUAUCCAGGGUAUCACAAAACCAGCCAUCCGACGCCUGGCUCGCCGUGGUGGGGUCAAGCGCAUCUCGGGCUUGAUCUACGAGGAGACCCGCGGGGUGCUGAAGGUUUUCCUGGAGAAUGUGAUCAGGGAUGCGGUCACCUACACUGAGCACGCCAAGCGCAAGACGGUCACUGCCAUGGAUGUGGUGUACGCUCUGAAACGCCAGGGCCGCACUCUCUAUGGAUUCGGCGGCUGAGCAAAUGGACCCUUUUCCAGCGAACCCAAAGGCUCUUUUCAGAGCCACCCAAAGCCUCCGAUUGAGAGCGGAGACCCGAGGACGGGGAAAGGCAGCACAUCGGGAAGGUGU